UGUGUGUCACCUUCCUGUUCGGAAGUCUUAGUAGGUUGCUGGGACAGAACUGGGGGCGCCUGCUCCACCCUUCAGGUAUCCGGUUGGAAGAAAAGCCAGUCUCAACAACUUGAUUCUCUAUGUUAAAUGAUAAGUUUAACAGACCGUCCGUCUCCAGCUGCUGAACAUUAGGGUAGGGGGAGGAAGAAGAACAUCAGACGUUCCUUUUCUGUUCCAACCACAAAUCAUACGGUUGUGCCUCUUCUGUAUCCCACUUAGAGCCCUCUAACUUGAAUUCCACGUUCCUCCUGGAAUGCAUGUGGCAGAGCUUCUUUGAAAAAAUGAACACUGUGCAUGUGUUUUGAAUUUUUUCUGGACUGGUUUGUGAUGAUAAUCAGUCAAGUUACAUUUCGUGUGUGUCUUGCUGGGGGUGUAAUAAACUCAGGACGCUGAUGACUGUAAUUUUCUGAGUGAUGUUGCAAUGGAGAGAAUAAAUGGCCCAGUGUUGAACUUUGCAGCUUGCUCCCUUCCUGUAUGUAAAUUGCCUUUAUAUAAAGUGGGGUGCAUAACAGAGCAGGACAGUUGCCUGACUCUGCUCCCUGACAUCUCAGCUUCCAGCCUUAUCAGGCACCUUAGCAGAGAGGCUAUUCCAGCCAUAACUGAGCUCUACCUCCUGCCUCCAGAAAGUAAUCCCCAACCUUCAUGUCUUAGGCAACCUGAAGAAUGAAAGAGGAAGCUAUAAAAUCCCCUUUGAAAGCUUUCAUGAAACAGAGGAGGAUGGGCCUGAACGACUUUAUUCAGAAGAUUGCCAAUAACUCCUAUGCAUGCAAACACCCCGAAGUUCAGUCCAUUUUGAAAAUCUCCCAACCUCAGGAGCCUGAGCUUAUGAAUGCCAACCCUUCCCCCCCGCCAAGUCCUUCUCAGCAAAUCAACUUGGGACCAUCAUCCAAUCCUCAUGCUAAACCAUCUGACUUUCACUUCUUGAAAGUGAUUGGGAAAGGCAGUUUUGGGAAGGUUCUUCUAGCAAGACACAAGGCAGAGGAGGCAUUCUAUGCAGUCAAAGUUUUACAGAAGAAAGCGAUCCUGAAAAAGAAGGAGGAAAAGCAUAUUAUGUCGGAACGGAAUGUUCUACUGAAGAAUGUGAAACACCCUUUCCUGGUGGGCCUUCACUUCUCUUUCCAGACUGCUGACAAAUUGUACUUCGUCCUCGACUACAUCAACGGUGGAGAGUUGUUCUACCAUCUCCAGAGGGAGCGUUGCUUCCUGGAACCACGGGCUCGUUUCUAUGCUGCUGAAAUAGCCAGUGCCUUGGGUUACCUGCACUCUCUGAACAUCGUUUAUAGAGACUUAAAACCAGAGAAUAUUUUGCUGGAUUCACAGGGACACAUUGUCCUUACUGACUUUGGCCUCUGCAAGGAGAACAUCGAACACAAUGGCACAACGUCCACCUUCUGCGGCACGCCCGAGUAUCUCGCACCUGAGGUGCUUCAUAAGCAGCCUUAUGACAGGACCGUGGACUGGUGGUGCCUGGGGGCCGUCUUAUAUGAGAUGCUCUAUGGCCUGCCUCCUUUUUACAGCCGCAAUACGGCUGAGAUGUAUGAUAACAUUCUGAACAAGCCGCUCCAGCUGAAGCCAAAUAUCACCAAUUCCGCCAGACACCUCCUGGAGGGCCUCCUGCAGAAAGACCGGACAAAGAGGCUGGGCGCCAAGGAUGACUUUAUGGAGAUUAAGAAUCAUGUCUUCUUCUCCCUAAUUAACUGGGAUGAUCUCAUUAAUAAGAAGAUUACUCCCCCUUUCAACCCAAAUGUGAGUGGACCGAGUGACCUGCGGCACUUUGACCCUGAGUUUACUGAAGAGCCAGUCCCCAACUCCAUUGGCAGGUCCCCCGACAGCAUCCUCCUCACAGCCAGCGUCAAGGAAGCGGCCGAGGCCUUCCUAGGCUUUUCCUAUGCACCUCCUAUGGACUCUUUCCUCUGAAUAGUCCGAGGGUUGGUCUUGAAGGAUUUUAUGUGUGUUUUUAAGUGUUUUAGUUAGCCUUUUGGCGGAGCUGCCAGCUGACAGGACAUAAAGAGAAUUUGCACAUCUCUGGAAGCUUGCACAUCUUGGCAAUCUUAUUGCACACUGUUUGCUGGAAGCUUUUCGAAGAGCACAUCCUCCUCUCAGUGAGCUCAUGAGGUUUUCAUUUCUAUUCUUCCUUCCAACAUGGUGCUAUCUCUGAAAUGAGCAUUUGAGUGCCGCCAUAGACAGAUGCAGUAGUCUUAGUAGGAUGACGCAGUUCUGAGAAGGAUUUUCUGAAGGUCUGUCUGGGCCGUGAUAACGAAUCUUAUGAAAUGUGCCUUUUCUGAUGAGAUCGUGUUAGCUCCAAAGCUUUUCCUAUUGCAGAGCGUUUCAGUUCUUUAUUUUUCCUUGUGGAUUUACUGUGUGAACAGUAGUAUGAGUGUGGUAUGCUUGAUCACAGAUGGAUUUAGUUAUAAGCAUCAAUGUGACACUUGCAGGACACUACAAUGUGGGACAUUGUUUGUUUCUUCCAUAUUUGGAAGAUAAAUUUAUGUGUAGACCGUUUUUUUUGUAAGAUACAGUUAAUAACUAAAAUUUAUUGAAAAUGGUCUUGCAAUGACUUGUAUCCAGAUGCUUAAAGAAAGCAUUGCUGCUACAAAUAUUUCUAUUUUUAGAAAGGGUUUUUAUGGACCAAUGCCCCAGUUGUCGGUCAAAGCCUGGUAUUUUCAUUGUUUAAAAUGUCACCUGUAAAAUGGGCAUUAUUUAUGUUUUUUUUUUUUUGCAUUCCUGAUAAGUGUAUGUAUUGUAUAAAGAAAGUCUGUACAUUGGGUUAUAACACUAGUAUAUUUAAACUUACAGGCUUAUUUGUAAUGUAAACCAACAUUUUAAUGUACUGUAAUUAACAUGGUUAUAAUAUGUACAAUUCUUCCCGCCCCUUCCACCCCACCACACAACUUUUCUUGUGUGUGAUAAACCAACUUUGGUUUGCAAUAAAACCUUGAAAAAUAUUUACAUAAA